AUGGUUCAGCUCACUCAAAGUCUCCUUGUCGGCCUCGGCCUUGCGGGUCUAGCCAGCAUCGCCGCUGCCCAUCCCGGCCAUGAUGUUGAGGCCGAGGCCGCUGAGCGCGCGGCCUUUCUCAAGAGCGUUCCAGUGCAGGGCCGCAGCCUUGGACACUGCGCCGCGAAGCUCAAGGCACGCGGCAUUGCGGAGUCUAAUGUUGCCCGUCGUGAGAACGCCGUGCAGCAGCUGCGCAAGAGGGCUGGUAACACCGAUGGCCGCUACCUCAAGGUGCGCGAUCUUGAUUCUGUGCUGGCCACGGACCACGAGUCGACCAAGAACGUCACCCUCUCGACCGACCCCAGCGUCCUAUUUGCAGACGGCGGGGCUUGUAUCGUGCAGCCAGAGGUUACCCAAGGGCCGUACUAUAUCGCCGGUGAACUCGUCCGCCGCAACGUCGCCGAAGACCAGGCGGGUGUGCCAUUGUUCUUGGACCUGCAGCUGAUUGAUGUCAACACUUGUGAGCCGCUGCAGAAUAUCUAUACGGAUAUCUGGCACUGCAACGCCACUGGUGUCUACUCCGGUGUCGUUGCCAACGGCAAUGGCAACUUUAACGACGAGAGCAACUCCAAUACGACCUUCCUGCGUGGCAUCCAAUCCAGCGGCUCCGAUGGUGUCGUGCAGUUCGAGUCUAUCUUCCCAGGCCACUACACCGGUCGUGCGGUCCACAUCCACGUGGUCACCCACCCCGGCGACCAGAUCAAGGUGCUCCCUAACAACACCCUCGCUGGCCUCUAUGACACCCGCGCCUCCCAUGUCGGCCAGAUCUUCUUUGAUCAGGACCUCAUUACUGCUGUUGAAAAGACCAGUCCUUACAAUACCAACACUCAAGCCCUACUCAACAACAGCAAUGACGACAUCCUCGCGACCGAGGCCGAGACCACCGACCCCUUCGUUGAGUAUGUUCUUCUGGGUGACGAUGUGUCGCAGGGUGUCUUCGUCUGGACUUCACUCGGUAUCAACAGCACGCGCAAUGAAUUCAACUCGCCUGAGGGGUACUGGACUGAGGAUGGCGCCGAGGUGAACCCGAACUUUAGUAUGAACAUGGCUGGGAUGUCCAAUCUCCUGAUUCCUACCGGUUCUGCGGGCCCUGCUGCCACGUCGGCCGCUUAG